AUGUUAAAAAAGGAUACAAAUCCUUUUGCCCAAUUGGGUCUGAGACCCUGGCUAACUAAACAAUUAACAAAACUUGGUUUAAAACAAGCAACACCCAUUCAACAAGCAUGCAUUCCCGCUAUAUUGGAAGGUAAAGAUUGCAUUGGGGCAGCCAAAACAGGUUCGGGGAAAACAUUUGCCUUUGCCUUGCCAAUUUUGGAGAAAUUAAGUGAGGAACCUACAAGCCAUUUUGCCUUGGUUCUGACGCCCACUCACGAGUUAGCCUAUCAGAUUUCCGAACAAUUCUUGGUGGCUGGCCAACCCAUGGGAGUAAGAGUUUGUGUGGUAUCUGGUGGCACUGAUCAAAUUGUUGAGGCUCAAAAGCUAAUGCAGCGUCCACAUAUUGUGGUGGCAAUGCCGGGACGUUUGGCGGAUCAUUUAACCGGCUGUGACACAUUUUCGUUUGAUAAUUUGAAAUUUUUGGUAGUGGAUGAGGCGGAUCGCAUGCUAAACGGAGACUUUGAUGAAAGUCUACGGGUUAUAGAACAAUGUAUACCCAAGCAGCGGCAGAAUUUAUUCUUUUCAGCCACCAUGAAAGAUUUCAUCAAGGAGAGCAGUAUAUUUCCCAUUGCAGGUGAUUGUUUAGAAUGGUCCGAAGAAUUCCAAGUGGCCACUGUGGAGACAUUAGAUCAACGCUAUUUACUGUGUGCUGAUUAUGAUCGUGAUAUGGUGUUGAUUGAAGCCUUACGCAAAUAUCGUGAAGAAGAUGAAAAUUCAAAUGUUAUGAUCUUUACAAAUACGAAAAAAUAUUGUCAACUGCUGUCGAUGACUUUGAAUAAAGUAGGCAUAGAAAAUGUAUGUCUACAUGGAUUUAUGCGUCAAAAAGAGCGUGUGGCGGCACUUAAUCGUUUUAAAUCUCGUCAUGUUCGUACGCUCAUUGCCACAGAUGUAGCUGCACGUGGUCUCGACAUACCCAGUGUUCAAUUGGUUAUCAAUCAUCGUUUGCCACGUACACCCAAGGAGUAUAUACAUCGUGUGGGACGUACAGCAAGAGCUGGUCGCAAGGGUAUGGCUAUUUCGAUAUUCCGUUUUCCAAGAGAUUUGGAAUUACUGGGUGAAAUUGAACAGGCCAUCAAUACCAAGUUAACAGAACAUCCCAUCGAUCAAAAAAUGGUCGAGCGCAUUUUCAUGCAAGUCAAUGUUACUCGCCGUGAAUCCGAAAUUGAAUUGGAUAAUAAUGACUUCGAUGAGAGAGCUCAAAACUAUCGGAGAAAACAAUGGAUAUUGGAAGGCAAAGAUCCUGAUGAAAUGGAAAAUUUAUAUCGCAAAAAACAAAAAGAUAAAAUUAAGGAAAUCAAAAGAAAACGCAAAGAACAACAAAGCGAGGCGCAAAAACAAGGUCCUUCCCCUCUGGUGCAAGAUGAACGUUUUAAGGAUGUCAAUGCCGAACGUUUUCAGAAGAAAAAGAAAAAAUCCAACAACAACAACACAGAUGCCAAAGAUGCAUCCGAACAAAAGAAUACAAAAAAGACAAAAACAUUUAUGUAA